AUUCAUCUACAAUUAAGAAAGCUGGUGCAGGAGUUCAAAGUCCCUUUCUGCAGAAAACUCCUCAAAGUCAGCAUGAUCUUCAGACCUGGAGCUUGAACUCAAGUGAAGACCUUUGCUGAACCGUUAGAGCUUGCCCAACAGAAUGUUUAUUUGCUGUGUGGACAAGGUCUCACUAUAGACCGAGUUGGCCUUGAGCUCAGAAGAUCUACCUGCCUCUGCUUUCCUGAGUGCUAGUUUUUUUUUUUUUAAAGUAUUUUGUUAUAAUCCCUUCAAGUUGGACAGAUACUAUCUAGCAAAAGGAUUAUAGAACUAGAGAGACUCAAUUUUCAACAAAACACUUGAAGGUGUGGCCAGGAGAUAAGGAUGGAAUUCUGGGACAGAUUCCUCUUUAACUUAUCAGCAGCUCCAUCAGCAGCAGAGGAUUAGAAGGAAAGACUAACUAGAAGCUGUGGCUCUUUCCUGACCCGUCAAUACCAUGAUUCCUCUUCACGUCUUCAUUUCAGGACUCAUACUGCUUCUCCCAGGUGCUGUGGAGUCUCACACAGUGCAGGGGCUGGUGGGACACUCUGUCACACUUCCGUGUAUUUAUUCCACACAUCUUGGUGGAAUCGUUCCCGCGUGUUGGGGCCAAGGCGAAUGCCACCAUUCUUAUUGCAUAAGGACACUUAUCUGGACCAAUGGAUAUACGGUUACACAUCAGAGGAGCAGUCGAUACCAGCUAAAGGGGAGUAUUUCAGAAGGAAAUGUGUCCUUGACGAUAGAGAACACUGUUGCGAGUGAUGCUGGUCCCUAUUGCUGUGUAGUGGAGAUACCUGGAGCGUUCUAUUAUGUGGACUAUUCGUUGGAGGUUAAACCAGGAAUUCCCACAAGUCCUCCAACAAGACCAGCAACUACAGGAAGACCCACGACUGUUUCAACAAGAUCCACACAUGUACCAACAUCAACAGGAGUCUCUACCUCUACGCCUCCAACAUCAGCACACACACAGACUCACAAACCAGAGACCACAACAUUUUAUCCAGAUCACACAACAGCUGAGGUGACAGGAACCCCAUCCUAUACUCCUGCAGACUGGAAUUACACUGUGACAUCCUCAGAUGACUCUUGGAAUAAUAACACUGAAGCAAUCCCGCCACGGGAGCCAGAGAAAAGCCUGACUAAGGGCUUCUAUGUUGGCAUCUCCAUUGCAGCCCUGCUGAUAAUGAUUCUUCUGAGCACUGUGGUUAUCAUCAGGUACAUGGCUAUGAAAAAGAAGUCAGGAUCUCUGAGCCAUGGGUGUCAAGGAACUAAUUUUGUAGACCAGGCUGCCCUUGAAUUCAGAUCUGCCCGCCUCCCUUCCUGAGAGCUAAGUUGGACUGGACCAUCACCACCAGGCAAGACCUUUUCUUGCUAUCAUUACUUCACAGAGAUAUUUGCUGCAAUUUGCCUUUCCUAACAUUUAUGUCAAGACAGGAACAGAAGAUCCCUGAAGAUUCAAAUUAGAAUUCUAAUCUCCCCUAGGCAGAUGCUGAAAUGUAAAUUUUGUAUCACGGAGCUGAAUGAGUAUCUUUUUUGCUCUAUCCACUCUUGUUUUAUUCAAUGAUUUCUUUCUUUGAGUACCUAUUCUAUUAAAAACUGAAGUAUAUCACAGGGUAUAUAAAUGAGUAGACAGGUCCUUUUAGGUGCUGUUAGGCAAGUAAGGUGGAGAUGACAGGGCUGGGUGGAGGGCUCUUUGAGGAAGUCCAAGAAGAGCAGGAGAUUUAGAGGAAGUUUGUAGUAACACCCAUUAGAAGGACUGGGUCCAAGCCUCACGUUGUUAGAUGAGUCGCGUAGGUAUGAUGCCUGUCUAAGAGUAACAAUAUUAAUUUCAAAUUU